CUGCUCGGCGGGCCGGCGCCGUGGUCCUGGCGGCCGUGGGGCGGGGGGCGGCCAUGGGGCGGGCGGCGGCCGCGGCGCCGGGGGCCGGCUAGCGACGGCGAGCGGCAGCGGGGUGGCGUGGCCCGCGGGCUCGGCCCGGAGAGGGGACGGCCCCGCAGGCGCCCGGGGCAGCGAACGGCGUCACUGUUUGCCUGAUCGAAGUCCUCGUUUAACAACUAUGGAAACGGAACAAGAGAAAGCCAACAUGAGUAAGGCAGUGAGUGCAGAUUCGGCCUCGUACCGCUGCUCCGCCUGCCACGGGGACGAGGACUGGGGGCCCAACCACCCCAUCCGGGGGCGGGCCAAGUCCCGCAGCCUGUCUGCCUCGCCCGCCCUGGCGAGCACCAAAGAGUUCAGGAGGACUCGCUCUCUGCAUGGGCCAUGCCCGGUGACCACGUUUGGACCAAAGGCCUGUGUGCUGCAGAACCCCCAGACCAUCAUGCACAUCCAGGACCCUGCCAGCCAGCGGUUGACGUGGAACAAGUCCCCAAAGAGUGUUCUUGUCAUCAAGAAGAUCCGGGAUGCCAGCUUGCUGCAGCCCUUCAAGGAGCUCUGUGUGUACCUGAUGGAGGAGAAUAACAUGAUUGUGUAUGUGGAGAAGAAAGUUCUAGAAGACCCUGCCAUAGUGAGCGAUGACAACUUUGGACCAGUGAAGAAGAAGUUCUGCACUUUCAGAGAAGAUUAUGAUGACAUUUCCAAUCAGAUCGAUUUCAUCAUAUGCCUGGGAGGAGAUGGGACCCUGCUCUAUGCAUCCUCACUGUUCCAGGGCAGCGUGCCUCCAGUUAUGGCAUUCCAUCUGGGUUCCCUGGGCUUCCUGACCCCCUUCAACUUUGAGAACUUUCAGUCCCAAGUUACUCAGGUGAUACAGGGGAACGCAGCUGUUGUUCUUCGGAGCCGGCUCAAGGUCAGGGUCGUGAAGGAACUCAGAGGGAAGAAGAUGGUGGUGCCCAACGGGAUCAGCGAGAAUGGCAUGCUGGCUGCGGACCUGGAUGCAGAGGUUGGGAAGCAGGUCAUGCAGUACCAGGUCCUGAACGAGGUGGUGAUCGACAGAGGCCCCUCCUCAUAUCUGUCCAAUGUGGAUGUCUACCUGGACGGGCACCUCAUCACCACGGUGCAGGGUGACGGGGUGAUCGUCUCUACCCCGACGGGCAGCACAGCGUACGCGGCCGCCGCCGGGGCCUCCAUGAUCCACCCCAACGUGCCGGCCAUCAUGAUCACGCCCAUCUGCCCGCACUCGCUGUCCUUCCGGCCUAUCGUGGUCCCCGCGGGGGUCGAGCUGAAGAUCAUGCUGUCACCGGAAGCGAGGAACACUGUAUGGGUGUCCUUUGAUGGACGAAGGAGACAGGAGAUCUGCCAUGGAGACAGCAUCAGCAUCACUACCUCUUGCUACCCACUCCCCUCCAUCUGCGUCCGAGACCCCGUGAGCGACUGGUUUGAGAGCCUGGCGCAGUGUCUGCACUGGAACGUGCGGAAGAAGCAGGCGCACUUCACGGAGGAGGAGGAGGAGGAGGAGCUCCUGCCGUCCACACUCGGGACUCCAGAGCCCCAAGGCUGCUCCGCUGCCUCGUUCCCACUUGGCUUCCGGGAGCCGGCUGACCUGAGCACGUGUGCUGGAAGCCCUAGUGCCCAGGACUCCGAGGAGCGGGGCCGCAGGAGCCGCCGUCGGCUCCCGGGUCGUCACUUCCGGCGCGUCGCUUCCGGCCGCCUGGGCGCACCUCCGCCCGAGGCUCGGCCCGCCCCCCGGCCCGGCGGUCGCGCAGAGCGGGGCGGAGGGACGAUGGCCGCCCCACGAGCCAGCCCCUGGGUGGGCGCCCUGUCCGCGGCUGCGAGCGGCCCGCGAGUCAGCGAUGCUCGCAGGCGGAGGCCCCGGGAGUCCUCCGCGCCCCCCGGAUGCGCACGGAGACCCCGCGCUGGCUAUCGUCCCGCGGCCCUGCUGCGACCGGCUGACCCCUCCUCUGAGAGGCCCCUCGCCUUUCGGCGGGUAGCCUUGGCCGGUGUUCUCCAUCUCGCCGGGUACGCCCUCUUCCACGCGCCUGCGCCUCCCACUUUUAGCCCCCGCCUCGCGGGUCCGAAGGCGCGGCCCGCGUGGGGCGCACCCGUGUCCGCCCUUCCUGGCUGCCGGGGCCCAGCGGGGGAGGUGGGGUCAGCAUUGGGGGCGCGGGCCGUGUUCUCGGUCCCGGGGCUUCUCGCGUUGUAA